AUGGGUGAUUUAGGGGAAGAUGAAGAUCUGAAGACACCGCUGGAUGGUGCAAGAAAUAUUAUUCAGAGCAAGCCAAUGAGGAUAUUAUUGAAAGGGAAAAACCACGUGACGUAUGCAGCCCUCAUCAUUGGCUACACCGGAAGUUAUUUUAUCAACGACAUUCCCGGAGCCUUGCAGGAUGUGAUGGUACGUGACCUUGAACUCUCAGAGACAGAGUUCAUGGCCUUCUACUCAGUCGAGGCCUGGCCCAACGUUGUGUUGUGUGUCGCGGGUGGCUAUUUGAUUGACCGCUGGUUUGGCGUCAGACUGGGGGCGAUCGUCUUCAGCUUUUUCGUUGCCCUUGGACAGGCUCUCUUCUCCCUAGGAGGCUACCUUAAACUCUACACUCUUAUGUGCACUGGUAGAUUUGUUGUGGGUGUUGGAGAAGAGUCCCUCUACAUCGCACAGAGCACCUACAUCACCAAGUGGUUCAAAGAGAGCGAGCUAAACAUGGUGUUUGGUCUUCUGCUCAGUUUUUCCCGUGUGGGCAGCACAAUUUCAAUGAAUGUUAUGCAACGCUUGCAUAGCUUAGUGGACCAAGUAGUACACGGACACAAAGGACUAGGGGUAACUCUGUUCAUAACUGCACUGGUGUGUGUUGUGCCUGUAUUGUGUGCAAUAAUUUUGUCAUUCUUCGACAAAAGAUCUGACAAAAUAAAUUCUAGCACUAAAGUAAACAAAAAUGAAUUAAUUAAAGUCAAGGACAUUCUUGCAUUUCCAAAGACUUUUUGGAUUAUUACAUUUAUUAAUGUAACAGCAUAUUCUGGGAUUAUGCCUUUCAUCAGCUUAGCAUUGGUGUUUUUCACGAUGAAAUUUGGACUAACCCCAACAACGGCCAGUACUGUGAACAGUUUGGUGUACAUAAUUUCAGCAGUUGCCUGCCCUGUUCUUGGUUUCUGUAUAGAUAAAACUGGCAAAAACAUUUUCUGGGUCAUCAGUGGCAUAUUGUUGGCCUUGGUCAGUCACAUGAUGCUGGCCUUCACAUUUGUUAACCCAUACAUCCCAAUGGUCAUUAUGGGCUUGGCAUAUUCUGUCCUGGCUAGUGCAGUUUGGCCUCUUGUGGCUUUUGUUGUGCCAAAACAGCAUCUAGGUACAGCGUAUGGCAUAAUGCAGGCUAUCUCAAACCUUGGAUUAGGUGCUGUUUUUAUAUUAGCUGGUCUGGUGUUGGAGAAAUUUGGUUAUCUCAUUUUGGGAGUAUUUUUUUUGGCUUUGCUUUGUUUGUGUUUAAUUGCAGCCAUUUUAUUAUAUAUAGCAGACUUAAAUAAAGGCAGCCAUUUAAAUAAUUCUACAAAAGAACGGUUGUUAAAAAAAACGAAACAAAAAAGUACAGAACAGAAAAUACAGUUAUCUUCAGAGGGUAAACAGAUAGACCCAGAGCCAAUCGAUGAAAUUGAGGUGUAA